GGAGCUCGCGCUGCGCUCGCGCCGCGUUCGGGCUGCUUGGCUUGUUAUCGCCGCUUUUCACAUGUGCAAGUGGAAUCAUGCCUGCAUUCCGCCGCCAGAGGAAGAGAGGAAAGUAAGAGCUCGCCGAAGUUCAGCCUGAUAUCCCAUGUUCCACAUGAAGGAGGCUAAGAUCGGUGGAAGUGCAUGUGUGUUAGUCCUGCUGUUUUCUGGCCUUGUAACCUGUUCUGGUGUGUUUGGGAGCCCUCUGACAGACGAUGUGGCCACUUUAGACACGCUGAGAGAAAAUCUUCCAAAGGAUUACAAAAUUCCCGUUCGUUACAUUUCCAAAGACGUGGGAGGUGCAUGCUGGCUUCAUCUGAACCUGUACCCGCUAGAGAUCAGUUUAAAGACCUUAGCUCUCAAGUUUGGCAACCUCUCCUCCAACAGAGAAAAUAUCACCAUAUUUAUCACCAUGCUGCAAGGGCUUCGCUUCACCGUUGACAACGAAGAGCUGGAGGCAACAAUGCAGGCCUUCAAGUGCCAUUACCGGAGUGUGAGAUGGUCCACCAGACGCUACUUUGGCCAUGUUAAAGAGGUUCUUGUGGCGUUUGCCUCGGCACCUCUCCAGUUUCACUGUACCCCUCCCCCAUGUCCUACGGUCCCGCCCAUCACAACAGGACAGGAUAGCCAGAAGCAUGUGAUUGACAGAGCGAUUCCCGGUCUUUUGGCUUUGCUCAUCAUCCCCUGUGGUGCCACGUUGGCACUCUUCCUCAGAACAGUGCUUUGUCGAAAAGUGUGCUGUGCGAGGAGGAGACGUGAAACAGACACGUGCACGUUUCCUGGAGCUGACAGCCCAGAGACGCAAAGUGACCCUGAGGACGGUAGUAGUGCUGCACACAAUGACCCUGAAUCUUCUUCCCUAAACAAACAAUGCAGGGUGCAGCAGGAUACUUUGGGGUCGGAAGACACGGCAGUUUAAUCCAGCACACCUGCAAGAGAGGAACAGAGCUGAAGCAUUUGUUGGCAGCCUCUGGCUGGAUGUAUAAAGUGCAUAAAGAAGGGACUCAAUAGUACAUGGCUCUGUGUUUUUGUCAGAGCCAAGACAGCAACAUGGGCAGAUGCACAGGACCAAGUGCUCUUAUCAAGUGAGAACUUUCUUGGCUGAAACAAUUACACAUACUUAUUUACCAUUUGAGCUAAAGCAGUAACGCAAGUUACACAGUGCAUAACCUCGCUUGCAAGAAAUCCUAACAUCUGGAGCCCCCAGCACUGGACUGUGUGACCAUCCAGUGAGUGAUAAAUGAUUCUGUGUUUCUGAAGUAUGCACACACAGGAUGGCAUCUUUGAAAACAGACUGGUUCAGCCUGGUGGAACGCUUUGGUGAUCCAGCGGCUUCUUCAGGACAGGAAGCGCGGGUCUUUUUGAAGACGCUGCUGGUGGAAGAGGCACAUCCGCUGCGAUGCCCGCGGCAGGUCUGUCCCUUUGAGGCCAGCCGCUGGAGCUGCAGGCCACGGCUCACAGGAUAAAUGGCUUUUUUGUGUGCAGUGCCGUCCCUCUUGGGCAUGGUGGCUCGGGGCUCACUCCGUGUUGCAGCAAAACACUGCUGCAGAACAGAGAACAUGCUUGUCCUGAGGUAUGUGCGGUCGGGCCCACUGGACAGCAGCUCGAAGAUCUGCUGGGGGAUUUCAGCUCAUUCAUUGAGUUUUAUAUAUGAUUUCUGGAGCGACAGGGCUGAUGGACUGUCGUUGGUUUGAGUGAUGGAGUAUGUCGAUGGUUAUGUUGUCCUUUACAGUGGGUUUUGGAUGUUUUUGUGAGGUAGAGAUGUGGUAAAAUGUAUUACACUCAAUAUAGUAAAGGUAGCGUUACCCUGUGUGGAGGAUGUAGUGCGUUAGAGUGAAGGUUAGCCUUUUAGGCUGGCUUUACACAAUGAAACUUUCAUGCAACUUGAGUUGCUUGAAACCUUUAUGAAACUAAAUUUGAGUUGCAUAAUGUAAAUUGUCCCGCAAUUCAUUUGAAACUCAGCCGCAACAGCUGCAAUCGUCUCAAAUUGGUGAAGCAAGUUUCAUGGAGCAGCCAAUCAAAACACAGGAAACACAGAAAUCACAUGAUCAUAUUAAACUACAUAAUUUUAAAUUAUUGAUUUUACCAGAUCAGUGGACAAGGAAAUAAAACAGAAGAUUUAUCAAGCGUUUAUCAAGCAUGAAAUCUUUUCAUUUCCCCAGUUUCCUGAGCCAUGACAACAAACGUGACACGGCGUAUCACAAAUUUCACUGAUUCACCUACCUAGUGGAGUGAUUAAAUGAGUUGUGUUAAACUUUGGUUGUUUUUUAAUUGCUUUUUGUAAUUGUUAGGUUGCACAGAAAUUAUAUUGCAUGCAACUCACAACAUGCAACUAGUUGCAUGAAAGUUUCACUGUGUAAAGCCAUAUGUGAAGUUUAGAUCCACACUGAAGUUCCUGACUCAUAACUACAAGACAUAAAUAUUAGUUUCAUAGUACUUACCAAAUUAUUCAUAAUAGUUAUUGGAUAAUGAGCUUUAAAGGGUCCAUGUCCUACAUUUUUUAGUAUAUCCUACAUUAUAUUUUCCCAUGAGGUCAACUUAUAACAUUUGUGUGGGUAAAAAUAGACAUAAUUCAUUAUUACAUGACGACUUUGAAACAUCUCUAUUCCUUAGAAUUAAACAGGCUGGUUUUGUUAUUGUGUCUUCAAGACUGAUGUAUGUAAAUGAGCUCUGUUCUGAUUGGUUACUCUGUAUUGUGCCACAUUUAGAAAGCACUCAUGGGCCCUUUAAGACUAAUAUCUGAAUAAUAAGUCGAAGGGGGUUAGUGUUUUUAAAGAAAUUGUCAGUUUUAAAUACCUGAUGUGUUCU